AAGGGGCGCCGCUCCUCCCAUCUUGCUUACAUCAUCCAUCCAUCCAUCAUCGAUUGAGUCACUGACAAUCUCUUCCGUUUGUCAAUCAGGAUUGUUGCAUGUAAGGCCUUAUCCAACCCAAUUUGCUACACUCUUUUAGUCGUUCUCUUGGCUAUGGCUACAUGUGACACCCCUCCUCCAUUGCCGGAGGAACUACUCGUCAAGAUCUUUGGGUACCUAAAUCUGAACGAUGUGCUGGAAUGUAGUCUAGUGAACCGACAUUGGUAUCGUGCCACGCAUACUCAAGGCCUUCAUCGACGCACUUGGCUCCGAUUUCGAAACCAGUUGGAUUUAACGGAGGGAUUUCCUCGUGUGACCGCCCCUCAUUUAUGGGCCUUCACAAAGAUCCAUCUUCAAGGCAUUGCGCUAAAUUACAAUGAAGGCGGCUCAUGGGUUCACAUGUGGAGCCAGAUCAUGCCCAGACUGAGUUCACUCGUCUUGGAGAAGGUGGAGGCUUCGCCCAAUGAUUUGGUGGCCAUUCUCAAAUGGGGCCAUAAUUUGCGGGAAAUCGGCCUGAUUAAUCUAAGAGACGUAUUUAUGUCGGGUACAAUUCUAGAAAGCAAGCUCGAGCGAUCCUGCUUAAAUGGCGUAUUAACCAAAGUCACGACCUUAGAUCUGGCGCAUAACUCAUUUCUGUCUGAUGUGGUUUUUGAGCGGAUGAUGGAAUGCGUGCCCAAUCUAGCUCAUCUAUCGCUCCGUAAAUGCCCGAUUCUCAAGACACCAAUGGGACCUGCCUCUGAGAAGAAACCCAAUCGGUCGGUGCUCACCUUCUCGGUUUUGCUGGAAUUCAUUCGGAAACAGGCUCAGCGGCUCCAAUCGUUGGAUUUGGUGGACACAAACCUAGAUGGCAUGAGAUUGCAAGACAUUGCCGAGGUUGAUAACCUUAACCUGAGAACGGUUAAACUGGCCAAGAAUCCGAUCUCGCAAGAAGGAGUGCUUCAUUUGGUUCGGUGCCAAAAGAGCCUGACCUCAUUGGAUUUGGAUCAAUGCCGCCGCGUCUUUCUGGACUAUCCAGCCACAUCGUUGCAAAUAUUUCAAGAGAUGGAACAGAUUCAAGAUCUUAACCUCAGGUUACUCUCGAUUCCCAAGGGAUUGGACACUUGCUUGUCCAAAUUGCAUAAUCUAGUGCGUUUAGAUUGUACUGCGUUGGAUUCAUCGAGCAAACAUCUACGCAAAGGCUUGGCCUCGAGCAAAAGCCAAAAGUCACUCAGGUCACUCAAUGUCAGCUCCUUCAUGAGCUCGCCGGAGAAUUUUCGAGCCAUCUUGUCGCUUUUCCCUAAUUUGGAGGAAUUCAGUGCGGAAAAUUGUCAAGAGGCUAUGGUUGAUGCAUGUUUGCACACUCUCUUGGAAACAUGUCCCAAAAUAAAGGCUCUCAAUAUCGGCUCGUGCCCACGUUUAAGUGACCUUGGCUUCUGUGGGCUCGCCAAGGCAGACCAAGUAUCCUUUGUCGGACCCAUCGAAUGCAUGAAGCUAGAUGGCAAAAUAUUUUUGGGCACCUCGGCGGAAGGAGAAGUCAUCAACGACGCAGCCCGAAUGAGUACUGCUCGUACUUUAGCUGAAACGUGUCAUGACUGGACCGACAUGGCGAAAUUGGACAAGCUUAGCCAUUUGGAACGGCUCACCCUUUGUAACAGCGAUAUCACUGAUAUUUCGAUCCAGCGUGCCUUCAAUUUCUUCUGCUUGAGAGAAAUUAAUUUGAGCAAAUGCCUUUUCAUCUCGGACACGGGAUUUAUCAUGCUCUCCGAACGAAAUCCUUCAUUAGAAGUGGUCGAUAUCAGUCAAACAUCCAUCACAGACUCGGGGCUAGUCGGCUGUGUGCAAGCUCUUCGAAGAUUAGUUAAGUUAAACGUGUCACAGUGUCGUUCACUCACUUCUUCCGGGAUUUUGCAAUUGGCGCAAUUUUCAACUCGCCUCCGAAAUUUGGACGUCUCAUUAUGUCCGAAAAUAAAAACAGAAACCAUAGACGAUCUUCAAAGCAGACUACCCCGGUUACGAAACGUCAAGAUUCGUGGCCUCGAAAUAUUGGAAUGCAUUCAGACCUUUGAAGACUAGAUACACUAAUGCCCGCCCACCUCCUCAGCAGUGGUCUUUUUCUUCUGCUUUCAG